AUGAUUAGAUGCGAUUUCUGCACUACGGAGCGGCGAGAGCAGUACAAGUGCCCUAGAUGCAGCGCAAAUUACUGCUCACUAAGAUGUUAUCGGGGCGAAAAACAUUCCAAGUGCUCCGAGUCAUUCUACAAAGAUUGUUUAAAAGAGCACCUCGAAGGGCGGCAUUUCGAAGGACAAGCAGAUAACGAGAAGCAGGAUACGUUCGAAGAGCGCAUGCAGAAGUAUUUGAAUGGGGAGAUCAAGGAUUUGCCGGGAGCAAGCAGCAGCGGAGCCCCUGACGAAGAUGGUGAGCCUCUUGACUCUGAUGACGAGGACACUGCUGGAAGCUGUUCGUUCCCACAAAAAGAAGACAAGUACUUGGAGAAAGUCGUGAAGGAGACGAUUGAUGACUAUGUCUUGGAUGAGGAUGAGAUAGAUAGAAAGCUUUUGGGACUAGGGAUUGGUGGAGAGGUCGAACAGUUGUUGGGAGCUUUGAAUGAAGAAGAACGAGCUGCUUUCGCGCAACUUGCGGAACAGAUUGAGAUUGAUACAAGCGGACUGGACGAAAAUAUGUUUCGAACUGCACUGUCUCGUAUCGUAGCCCGACGAUUAGCUACUCGAGCUGAAAUAGUAGAUGAAGGUGCGCAAAAGCAGGUGUGUUCGACAAUUUCCUCUGAAGUAGCAGAUCCAGCUGUACGGUUAUUCGCUGUUGUAUACGUUAAUGGUCGACAAUGGAAGGUGGAACAGAACGAUCUCAUCGCAUUAAGGGGAAGCUUACCGCUAGCUGUGGGUGAACGAAUCAAACUAGAGAAGGUGUUGAUGGUUGGAGGAAGCAAUUUUUCAAUUUUUGGACGACCUCUGCUUAACUCAGUUACGGUGAAAGCUACAGUAGUGGAGAAAACUACUACAUAUCCGGAGUUGAAAUACAUUCGAAAUAAUCACGAACAUAUGAAAAUUAUACAUUGGCUUAGCGAAGAAAUGACCGUGCUUAGGAUAAACGAAAUCUCAGCAAAAGAUAUACUGAAGGAUCCAUCAAGUUGAUAAAUACUGCAUAGG